GCGUUCCUGUGUGGUCAUUCAGUUGCCUACGCACUGAGGUGCAGAUACAUCAGUAAAUUCACACGAGUUUUUAGGACACCCUUCUCUCUCUCUCUCUCACACACACACACACUCAUACUCGAGAUGUCUGACAUGGAGCCUAAAUCAGCCCAGGAUUUAACCGUGGUGGUGCAGAGUUUACUGCAGCAGAUGCAGGACAAGUUCCAGACCAUGUCCGACCAGAUUAUCGGAAGAAUCGACGACAUGAGCACCCGCAUCGACGACCUGGAGAAGAACAUCUCCGACCUCAUGACUCAAGCGGGCGUGGAGGAGUUUGACGGAGAGAACAAAAUGGGCGACGCGUCAGGAACAGCUUGAUGAAGACGAAGAGCCAGCGAUCAAAUAAGUGCAUGAGGUCCAGAAGAUGAAGCCGGACUGGAUCCAUCAUCUCCCAUGUUGCUUGCUUAUUUAUUUAUUUAAUUAGUUUGGCUCUGCCCACUUUUCGGUUUGCAGACAAGUUAAAGUGAGUGAACAUUAAAACGAAAUAUUUAGUUUAGAGGCAGCACGGCAGUACCACUGGUUGUUUUGAUGGCACAACCUAGAAAAACUAAAUGGAAGAAAUAAAAAGGAACCUAUAAAAUGUAAAAAAUAAAAUAUAUAUGUAUUUUUUUACAAUUGUAAAGAUUAAAUACAAACAUAUCAGAGCAACUGUUUCCGUUCAGUUCCAGUUAGUUUGCAAUUAUUAGGGAAAAAGAAAACAUCACGAUACCAGCGAUGUAUCAGAAAACUGUAUCAUGACGUAGUUGAUCACGAUCUCGAUAUUAUGUCGUUGUAUCGCCCAGUUCACAGAUACGUCAUGCGACGUCACACUUUAAGUCAAAUCUCACAAGCCGCUCAAAUUCUCUCUAAUUUCCUGCCUCCAAAGCUACAACGAUCUUUAUUAGCACACCUUAAUGAUGGUAUCUCUGGAAUUUUAGCUACUUGCGACAUGUAAAAAAUAAUUAAACCCUCUUUAGCACUUAAGGACGGAGGAGCAGAAAAUGAGGAUGAAACUUUUCACUGAGAUUCGACCAAUGACAGUGACAUGUGGGAGGAGUUAAUGCAGGUCUGACCUCACCUCAUGGGCCUCUGACCCCACCCUCUGGACUUGAGAGCCCAAGAAAUGUUUGCAUUGGGAGAAUGUUAAUAGCAGAAAGCAGCUUUUAAAAUCUUAGUUUAGUUAGUGUGUGUGUGUGUGUGUGUGUGUGUGUGUGUGUGUGUGUGUGUGUGUGCUUUUUUAAGUAUAUGUUAAUGCUACAUAAUUACAAAAAUGUAUUGUUUCAUUUCUUGCAGCAUAUGCGAUUUGUGUUUUUAUUUUUAUUUAUUUGGGGUUUUAAAAUUUAUUUUUAUUCUAAAAAUGUCAAAUUCAUUGAUGGCACUCAACUCGUAACUAUCCAAACUUCUUAUUUAUUUAUUUAUUUAUUUAUUUUUAUCACUUCUCACUGUUACAGCGUACACAGUUUUGGUAACGGAAGAAUCCUCGUACGUUUUCGGGAGCGUCCUGCAAUCUGUAGCCUGUGGUUAAAUGAGACUGUGAUGUGUGACGUCAUGGAUGUUCCUCUCUAGUUCCCCCCCCCACCCCACCCACCCAUCCCAAUCAAAAUAACCUUUCAGUAUUUGUGGUGGUGAUUAUUGAUUUGUUCCUGUGUCUUGAGAAAACCCACGCUGCAUAAAUCCUACGUGCUGAACCUAAGCGAAACAGAAGAACAUCUUAUUAAACGCCUGACGUACUGUGAACAUACACUCAGAUUUUCCAGCAAAUUUAUUGGUGCUGUUCAUGAGGUUUUCUGUAAAGACCACCAGAGAUUUGAUUGCUCUAAUGCCCAGUGUGAUGACUGUAUCUCAAAUAAAAGCAUGUUUUCAUACUACAAAAAAAAAAAGAAGUCUGAGGUAAUACAUUUAUAUUGAUUAUAACACAGAGUCGACAUCUUAUUAAAAUAUGAGGAUGUUUAGUUGUUUCUGGUUGCAGAAGUUAUAGCCUAAGUACUUAAAAUUUUAUAGUGUCACUUUAAGGAAUUAGCAUGAGCUUUACCAUGCACGCAACAAUAUAGAAACUGCUCUUAAUAUCUUCAUAUUUUUGUUUUAAAGCCACAGAAAUCUGGAAAUCAUGUUCACUCUCAUGCUACACAUUGAACAUCUUUUUUUUUUUUUUUUUUUAAAUAGUGUUUUUUAAAUGCUCUACACAUAGGAUUAUGAUUAUUAUUAUUCAAGAUAACGAUGAGAUUAUUAAUCAUAUCUUAAUGGAGCUAUGUAUAUCUAUAGCCGAAGUCUUUAUGUACAGUACUGUGCAAAAGUGCAAAGAUGCCUUCAAAAUAAUGAAAUGAAAUGCUUCUACAUUUAAAAAAAAAAAAAAAAAAAGUAUUUUAAAGAGCAGUAAACAGUAAUAAAUGAAACGGAGUCAAUAUUUGGUGUGACGAUCCUUUGCUUUAACGGAAAUGAGUAGUCUCGGGUACAGUGUGUGCAGUUUUAUAAGGAAAUGAGCUGUAAGUUUUACUGAGCAUCUUACAGAACCAGGCACGGUUCUUCCGGAGACUUUGACUCUCGCACUCACGUCUUAUUUUUUGCAGCGAAACCCAGCAGCCUUCAUUAUUUAUUUAUUUAUUUAUUUAUGUCUGACAAGUGGUUUCUUAUGUAAUAUGUUGCUUUCUUUACUGACAUACAAACAUUUUCAACAUCUGUACCAUUUAAUUUUGUGCUGUACAACUGAUGUUUGGAAAUCUAAAAUGUUUUUUGUACUGACUCAAUAAUGUAGAAGUCAUAAAAUAAAAAUCUAUAACAAAGUUUGUACUUAAAUAAAUAAAUAGGGUGCCUAAGACGUUUACACAGUACUGUAUAUCCCUAACCUUUAUAUUAAAACAUUACUGAAAAAUAUUGAAGUGUGCAUUUUAUGUUUUAAAUACAUACGUUAAUAAAAAUGAGCAUGUAAUGAACCGCUAAACAUUAGAGAAUAUGUUAUACUAUUAGAAAAUGUAGACCUCUUUUAGUGGGGAUCCCGUAAAGGUUCUCUAAUGGAACUCUUGAUUAUUAAACAAACCGCUAAACAACUCUUGAACUUUUUUUUUUUUUUUUUUCUUGUUGUGAAGAACUAGGAGGAAAAAAAAAUUUGGUGCUCUGUUAUGAUGAAAAAAAAAAGUCUUUUGUAGGAAAAUGUACCAUUUUCUGCUAGUGUUUAGUCUAAUUUCUGUAUCAGUGCUGGAUUUAUUUAUUUAUUAGUAGUGUGUGUAUGUGUGUGUGUAUAUAUAUUUCUUUUUUUACCAAGGGUAAGUCAGAACACAUCGAAGAAACAAUUUUAUCCCUAAACAAAAUGCCUCUAUGUCUACAAAAAAUGUAUUAAAGCCAUACAUUUUAAGGAAAGCUUUCUGAAAAAUUUAAAUCAGUCAAAUAUUUUUUUUUUUCUGAGAGACACAGACCGUCUAAAUGAAUCGUAUUAGACUAUAAUACUGCUAAAUGUUGCUUUAUAAGUACAGGAUGUCCCAUAAGGCCAGCAUCAUGUGAGGAAAAAACAAAAGCUUUUAUUUACAGAACUGUCAGUAUGUCCACCAUUUAAAGUCAAUACACAACUUUAAACGUAAUAUCGAGUCAAUAAACACACGGUUGAUGAUGUCAGGAGUAUAAUGUUGUUACACACCUCAAUACUGCGCUAAUGCAAAUUCGCAACAUUCUGCGUUCGCAGUUUUCUCUGUGCAUGUGUAGAAAUAUCAAAUAAAACUAUUCAUUAACCCCAUGCAUGAUUCUGGACACCAUACGAUCUGUAAUACAUAUGAAUAUACUGAUGAAUACUUAUGAAUAUUUAGCACUUAACACCAAAAAUGGUGCUCUGAUCUUUAGCUAAUGCAUGCAUUAAUGAUUAAUCGGUUUAUUACAAUGCUAUACAGCGCAGUUAGCUAGCUACAGGAAACGUACUUCUGUAAUUUACUAGUUAAUGAGAAUAAAAAUGUAAUUGUGUUUUUUUUUUAAAUAGUGAAUUAACAAAAGGGCACACAAAGUAGCAAAGGAUUCAAGAAUUUGACAUGUUUUUGAAGACUUGUGGGUGUUUCUCAGGCAAAUUUUAAUCAAGCAUAUAUAUAGAUAUAUAUCUCAAAAGGGUCUGGAAUUGACUCUGAAACACCUCGAAAUAUAUAUUUAAAAAUAUUUAAUUAAUGAGAUACCUCCGAGUCUGCUCUAUGCUUUUUGACAUUGUUUAGCUGGAUUUUUUCUCAGGAUAUUGUUAAGUACAUCCCAACGGACAUAAACGUAUUCUCUACACACCAUCCGGAAUUGUAUUUUCAUUUCUAUUUAUCUUUAAUAAUAGUGCUUUAAUGCAUGAACUAACUUUGCCGCCCACGAUCCAUGUUGGCUCAGGGAGAUUUUUCCAUGCUUCGUUUUAUUUUUUUUGUCUGUACAAAUGUCUAGAUUUAAACUACAAUCUGGAAAUAGAGCUUAAUUGAAUGUUUAAAGAUUUAACGUCAGGAUAUAAUAUGACAAUUUGUACGGCAGUAAACAGCGUGUUCGUUCCCAGACCUUUGAAAUCUAAGUAAAUGGACUAAAUAGCAAAGUAAAUAGACCCAAUUUUUUAAAAAACGGUUAAUGGAUUAACUAUGACGCCUAUAAUCAUACUGGGCAUGUUUAAACAGUAAUUGAUUGUGUUGUGAAAUGCUGGAGUUAUAACAGUACUGUUCUUUUCAACACAGGUGCUACUUAUUAUUAGUUAUUUAUUUAUUUUUGGUGGGUUGGAAAUCAAGGAUGACUUUUUUGCGUAAAUUAUCUCCAUAGUAUAUUGUUAUAUCCAUGUAUCUUUGAGAUCUACUGAUUGUUGUACUCAAUUUACUUGAAUCAGUUUACUUAGUAAAUAAAUAAAUGUGCUAUUUCUUUGCA